GAUCUGCCAUGAACAAAGCUGCCGAGGUACCGGGCAGCGCUAUGUUCAGAGCCGUUGUCCGUACGUAUACCGACACCAUCGUCAACCAUGCUGGAAAUUCAGUUUCCGAGGCUGCCAAGAUGUUUCAAGAUCACAUUACUAAUCGGAAUAUACAAAGCUUCAGUGAUGUAGCUAGAAGGCUCGAAGAAGUGUCUGUAUCUUGUAAAGGGGAAGAAAGAGUUCAGUUGCUAAGAAAGUGGUUUGUUGCUCUAAGAGAAUAUGAAAAACUAGACGAAAGUCAGCUUGAGAAUGAUCGAAAAAGUAUUGAGGAUCCUCAGACAGUAAAUGAUAAGAAUGUUACUCAUGGGAAGCCGAUUAUGAUUCUAUACUAUGACCCUGAUCUUGGUAACGUACCAAUGAAUUUCCGUGAUGUUUUUCUUCAAAGUCAAGCUCUCGAAGGGAUGACGACGUCUAUGAUUCUUGGAGAACCGAAUGAGGAGGAAAUAUUUCUACUGCACAAUAUAUUCGGGUUGUGUCUAACAGGAGGGAGGGAAAUCCAUGAUGCCAUAGUUAAAAUUAUACAAGAUCUGGCAAAAGCUUUCUCAGUUUACGAUGGAGAAAUGCUGGUCAGGAAAGAAGAAUUGCUUCAGUUUGUUAAAACUGCAAUUACCGGGCUGAAAGUAACUGCUGAUGUAUCAAGAAUAGAUUCAGAAAUCUCACAAAUACAACAAAGCUUGAAUAGAAUGAACUACCAAAAAUCUGUUGACGAGAGUGGGAAUUCUUCUGAAGUGACAAUUAGUGCAUCACCAAGGGAUGCGAAAGAAUUUGUAGCCCACAUUCAACUGUGUUGCAGAUUAAAGUCACUUCUAUCAAAGAAAAGAUUGUUAAAGAAAGGGGAUACACCGGAGACUCAUGGUCAAAAAGUUGAUAAAUUGAGAAUUCUAUUAGAAUCUCUUUAUAACUCGGCCUACAAAACUGAAAAGCGAAUUUUAGAACAUAGGGAGCAGAAAAAGGAAAUCCUUAAUUUUCGGGUAGCAAGAACAAAUGAAGUCAGCCAAAUUGAGAAGGAUUUAGAAGCUGAAGUUAGUCUGAUUGAAAAGAAACGAAAUGAACUUGAAGCUGAAUUAAGAAAGAUUUCAUGUUUAGGUCAUUGGCACUUUGGCAGCUGCAAAUGCUCGUCUCCAGGAUGCCAGGGAACAACGAUUACAGUUUGAUGAAGAUAAUAAUGAGUUCCUUGUAUAUUUAAAGGAAAAGGAAGAUGAACUCUCAAAAACAAUUUAUUCGUAUAGAGCAGAAGCAGAUAGGUGCGACGCAUUUAUUCAUUUUCUGGAAACUACUUGGGAUUUC